AUGGCGUCCCCCAUCAAAAAGGUCUGCCUGGUGGGCGCCAACGGCACCCUGGGCUCCGUCAUCCUCGCCGCCCUCGUCCAGGCAAACUGCUUCGACGUGUCCAUCCUCCAGCGCUCAACCUCCUCCUCCUCCUCCUCCUCCGCAUCCGCCUCCGCCUCGGCUUCCAUCCCCCGCAUCAUCGUCGGCCCCGACCUCGCCGUCGACGAGCUCACCGCCGCCCUCGCCGGCCAGGACGCCGUCAUCGCCGCCUUCCCCCUCGGCCAGGGCGACCAGCACCUCCGCCUCGCCGAGGCCUGCUCCCGGCGUCCGGCGCUUCAUCCCCGCCGACUUCGGAAGCUGCGACGCCGCCGACCCCAAGCCACAGGAACGCUGGUGCGCGAGCGGUGCGAGGAACUCGCCGCGCGGCCCGGCUCGGCGUUUACCUGGACGGCGCUCGUGUGCGGGCACUUCUUCGACCACGGGCUGUGGGACGGGCUGCUGCACUUUGACCUUGCGACGAGGACGGCGCAGAUCCUGGACGGCGGCAACGUCAGGGCGUCGGCGUCGACGCUGAGGCGCAUCGCGGAGGCGACGGUCAGGGUGCUGCAGAGGGCGGAGCAGACGAGCAACCGGAGGAUCUACGUCCAGAGCUUCAACCCGACGCAGCUGGAGGUCCUGGCCGCGCUGGAGAAGGCCAUGGGGGAGAAGUGGCACGCUCGGCAUGUGGACUCGAGGGCGUAUCUGGAGGAUGCGCGGAAGAGGCUGGACAGCGACGACGAGGAGGCUGUUCUGGUCGCGGUUGAGGAUGUCGUCUUUGUGCUGGGGGCGCUGGAUGCGGACUGGACGAAGCGGGAGGGGUUUGCCAUGGAGUUGCUGGGGCUGGAGGAUGAGAAGCUGGAGGACGUGGUGGCUGAGGUGGUCGCUGCGUAUCGAGCCGAGACUUCAUGA